AAGAGGCGGAAAUUGCCAGCGAGCUUUGAUUACUGCCACUUCCUCAAGGCAUCAAUGCAUAUGACUCGGUCUCUUUGAUGGUUUUAGCUAUAGUUAUCUGUGACAAAUGAGGCGGACUCUUGCCAGCUUGUUUGGCUCGAGCUUGGGCUCGGCCAGCCAUCCAGCGGCCGUCGGCAGCAGCUGCAAAGGCGCCACAGCAGCCUGGCUGCAGCUGGCUACUGAUGCUCUAACAGCGGCCCCGGCAGCGCCUGCGUUUGCUCCCAGCACCGCCGGCGCUGGCACUUCAGGCAGCACGAUAGGGGCUAUCCAGAGCAAUAGCAGUAGCCACAGUGGCCUCAGCAGUAGCUGUGGCUGCAGUGGCAGCAGCAGAAGCGGCAACAGCGGCAGUGGCAACAACGGAUGGGAUCACGGCGCCGGCGCUUUCGGGCAGCCGCCGCUGGGUGAGGACGCCCCACACCUCCACGCCACAGCUUCUUUCAGCUUCCACGAAGACAGCAGGAGCAGCAGCAGCAGUGGCAGCGCCCAUACAAGCAACGCCCCACACUCGCCGGCGUCGCUCUCCCCGCUCACGUUGUCGGGGCCAGUGCUCGGGGUGGGAGCUGCAGCAGGCGUGGCCGCAGCAGCCGCGGCCUCCUCUUUGUGGCUCGGCACGGCCUCCCUCCCCGUCUCCGCGCUCUCCGCCUCUUCAACAGCAGCCUCUACCUCCUCCCUCGCCUCCCUCUCCUCACUCUCCACCGCCUCCUCCCUCACCUCCCUCUCCUCACUCUCCGCUGCCUCCCUCGCCGCCUGCUCCCCCGGCGAGCCCUCCCUCGCCAUGUCGGCGGUUCAGCAGCUGGCGGGCGCCUACGAGGCGGUGCACGGCGGAUGCGGGCUGCCCUGGGCCGCCGCCAUACCCGCCGUCACGCUGGCGCUGAGGCUGGCGCUGCUGCCGCUGUCCAUGCGCCAGGCCCGCAUCAUCCGCUCCAACUACUCGCUGUACAAGGAGGCGCUGGCGCUGACGGACGCGCAGGAGGCGGAGGCGGAGGCGGCGCGGCAGCUGGCGGCGGGGGAGCAGGGCAGGCAGCAGCGGCACGAGGCGUGGCAGCAGGGGCAGCAGGGGCAAGGGGGAGCAGCAGGGGCGGGCGGAGCGGCGUCGUUGGUGGCUUCGACAAGCCAAGGGGCGGGGGCGGAGGCGGUGGCGAAGCGGGAGGCGGACCUGCGGGCCCGGCUACUGAGGUCUCAGGCCGUGCUGGCCAACUUCCACCUGCUGCGUGCCAAGGUGGGUGCGCCGCACCCCGGCUGGCUGGUGCUGAACCCGCUGGUGCAGGUGCCGGUGUUCGUGGCGGUAAGCACCACACUGGGCAUCAUGGCCAGGUUGCCCUGGCCGGGGCUGGAGUCGGAGGGCAUGUUGUGGUUCCCCGACCUCACUCUGCCAGCCAUGGUGUUUCCCGCCACCGGCCUAAUCGGAGCCAGCGGCUUCGCCGACGCCUCCUCCCCCGCCUUCGCAGCUGCUACAGCCGCGGCAGCCGCCGCGUCUGAUGCUGCUACAGCCGCUGGCGCCGCCGCGGCGGCUGCAGCCACGGCUACAGCCGGCGGCGGCUUCCCAGGGGUGGGCGCUACAGCCGACCUGGUGGCUGCUGCUACAGCCGCCAACGAGGUGCUACUGCCGAUGGGGGCGACGGGGCUGGCGCUGCCGCUGGUUGUGUACGCCAUGACGAUGACCUCGCUGCGGCUGGGCUUCGGCGCGGCGGGGGUGGCGGCGGCGCAGUCGCCCGACAUACGCGGCACGGCGCUGGGCGCCUUCCUGCGCUCCCUGCCCCCGCUGCUGUACCUGCUCACCACCGCCAACCUGUACCUCAAGUUCCAGAUGGCGCACGGCGUGCUGCUGCACUGGGCCGCCAGCGCCGGCUUCACACUGGGGCUGCAGACCGCCCUGCGCAACCCCACCCUACGCACCUGGCUCAAACUCAACCCCGGGCAACAAGGCGGCGCCGCCGCUCCUGCUGCCGCUGCUACUGCCACUGCCUCUGGCGGCGGAGCCGCAGCAGCUACAGCCACUGACGGCGGCAGUAGCAGUGUCGGCGGCAAGGGCAGCCGCUUUGCGGACCUGCCCAGUGAGCUGGUGGCGCGGGUGGCUGAGACGUCCGACCCCAACGUGCUGGUCAUCAUGGGCGCACAGCUGUCGGCGCGGCAGCACUACCCGGGCGCGCUGCACUGCUUCCGCAAGGCGGUGCUGCUCAACCCCUCCCACGUGCGGGCGCACUACUCCAUGGGCCAAGUGCACUCGCUCACGGGCUCCUGGCCUGACGCGGAGCAGUGCUACCGCGCCGCCGCCGCGCUGUCCCCGCCCGACGGCCCCGAGCGCGGCCAGGCGCUGUACUGCGUGGCCACAGCCCUGCACUCACAGGGCAAGCUGCUGGAGGCGGCUGACGCCUAUGCGGCCGCUGACGCGCUGUGGCGUGGCCAGGCGGUGGUGGCGUUCGGGCGGGCCAACGCACUGGCGGCGGCGGGCCGGGCGGCGGAGGCGCUGGCGGCGGUGGAGGAGGCGCAGGCGCGGGACGCGGGCACACCGGGGCGGCCCUUUGCGGCGGUGCUGACGCGGCUGAGGGAGCAGCUGGCGGGGGCUGUGGGUGGGAGUGGGAGUGGGAGUGGGAGUGGUGGGGGUGAAGGACAGGGCGACGACGGGUCCGGGGGCCCGAAGUCAGGAUAGGGAUUGGAUAGGUGCGGCUGGCUGGGGACUGGGGAGCUAGCUCUUGUCGGGAUCGAGGUUGUGAGAGUCCGAUGCAGCGGCAGCUGCCCUCGGGAGAGAUCGCUGGACGCUUACGGUAGCGUACGAGCGAGGUGUACGAGCGGCGAGUGCGCAUGCGCAUGCGAUAAUGCAGUGACUGAGACUGAGCUUUCAGGGCAUCAGGUACUGAGUACGGUGUGAGUAGCAAGUCUAGCACAAAGGCCAGAUGGCGAACAGUAACGUGGAAGUUUGCAUGGAUGCCUGCUGGUGAGCCAGGGCGGCUGCCGUCUAGGAUUUCUCAACAUAGUAAGUGGAUCAAGAUUGAUGUGUACGUAUACACCUUU